UUCAUUGAACAUUUCUGUCUCGUUUCUUUACCCUGUGACAUGUUCUGCUUUGUCCCGACAGGAAGUUCAGCUGAGCGACGAGUCUUCGACCGUGCGGUCAACAAACUGAACUCAGCGCAUGAUCAAGCAGGUGCUGCAGAAACGGAGCCGCUGAAGUUGGAGAUGAAAAUUGAAAAGAUCAGGGUGCAGAUCGGUCAGGACAUUCAUCUGAGGCUGACGUUGGUCAACAAAGAUCCCAGCAGCAGGACUAUGUCCCUCUUCAUCAAUGCCCAGGGAAAGAGGUACAACGGAGCAACAGCAUUCCACAUCCUGAACACAAGGGAGGAGAAGCUGCUGCCCUCAGGACAAGAGGUGAUCCUCCCGAUCCAGAUUCCCUUCCUGACCUACAGUCAACACAUGGCCAAGUGUGACAGCAUCAAGGUUAUAGCCGUGGCCAUGGACAAGAACAAUCCUAACGACGUCUUUGAGACGGAGACUAACGUCUCCAUGCAGUAUCCGGCCCUCUCUAUGAAGGUUUUGGGCGAGGCGCGUCUGUUCCACAAGAUGACGAUGGAGGUGAUGAUCACUAACCCGCUCAGUGUCCCGCUGAGAGACUGCUGCAUGACGCUCACAGGCAGUGGCAUGUACAAGUUUACCUCAUUGGAGAGUAAAAUCCAGGAGUUGGGGCCGAACUCCACAUGGAGGCUGAUAAUCGUUUCAACGCCGUCCAAGCUCGGGCCGAGGAUGGUGGUGGCCGACUUCGACUGCAGCGCCUUCAGAGACGUUGUGGGCAGCUGCGUUAUCCACGUCAGUCCCUGAAGCUCCGCCCAUGUGUUGAUUUAACAAACAGGAACUCGUCACAUAUAAUUCAUGCUGUGGUUUUAUGGGAGUGUUUUUUUAUGGGUUUAUUUUAUAGAUGAAUGGUGAAAAUUGUCUGAAUCAAUCAAAUGUUUCUGUUUUUCUGCUGUUUGUUUAGUUUCAGCUUGAAAAACCUCAGAAAUGAUUAUUUUCUUUUGUAUGUUGAUUAUUCAUCCACUUUAUGUUUUGGGAAUAUUGAGCGACAACAGGGACGAAGUCUUUUUAAUGAAACUUAACAUCAGUUGUUACUUUGACUUUAUAACGUUCUGAAUAUUUUGGGCUGAAUGUGAAACACCCAGUUUUUAUUGAAGCUCAUCGAAGGUCAAACGUUUAAUUUGUAGAAAUGUUGAAUGUGAUUAUUAUAAAGAAAUGGAAUCCAUGGCAACAGUCUGUGAUACCAGCUGAUUAAGUGAUCAAUACAAAUGUUUCUUACACUUUUACAGUUUUCAGUGAUUCUGUCUUAGUCAAGACAAGUCAAAGUCUUAAUUUACCCAGAAUUCAAGCUAAAUGCACGACUAUGGGCGGCGGCCAUCGUGUUGAUGUUGGCAGACUCAGGGUUGAUAAAUAUAAUAUACUAAUGUUCCUUCACACAGAAUUCAGUCAGAG